AUGAAUAAACUUGUAAUCCACAUGCAUUUAUAUCCAACAGAUUUUUUCGAACGGUCUGAGACAUUACAGUCACCACACGGUAAAAAGGAGAAAGUGCAAGAAGAUGCAGGUUGUUGGCCCCGUAGAACUCAAAACCCAUCACCAAUUACCAAGAAUUCUAACAGUGCCAAUGUCCCAGUUACUGAGCGAUGCGUUUCGUCACCUGAUAUUGAAAAGGAGGUAGACAAAACAGAUCUGGAAGCCGACUUACGUAAAAAGGAAUUAUUUUCAGGCAUCAAAAGAGACUUUUUGGAACAAAACAUACAGCUGGAGUCGACAUCUUGUCAGGAUGGAGACCGGAGAGCAGUGCAAGCCUGUUCAUCGAAACCAGCAUCAGAGAGGGCAGAAACAAAGACCCAAACUGACAAACGGUGCGAAAACACCUUCCCCAGCAGCUCUGACUUUCUCCAACACCAGCCCAUACACAAAGAGCCUCCUUCUCAGCCUUGUUCGGACGAAAUAGAGCACCCGGAGAAACAUCAGAAAGUCCCUUCGAGUGCGAAACUGUACCCGUGCCCCGAGUGCGGGAAGACCUUUCGGGUGAGGUCACAGCUUAAAAGGCACCUAAAGGUUCACACCGGAGAAAAGCCGUUUUCGUGCAAGGACUGCGGUAAGUGUUUUGCGGAGAGAUCGACGCUCAAGAUCCACUCGCGGACUCAUUCCGGGGAGAGGCCGUUUCCGUGUAAGGACUGCGGGAAGUGUUUUAAAGAGAAAUCGCUGCUUAAGUUACACUCGCGGUCUCACUCCGGGGAGAAGCCGUACUCUUGCCCUACGUGCGGGAAGAGUUUCAUCAGCAGGCGUCGUCUCGUUUUACACUUACGGAAUCACACCGGGGAAAAGCCGUAUGCGUGCUCAGAGUGCGGGAGGGGCUUCAAUUGGGAGUAUGACCUAAAAAGACACCAGAUGACUCACACGGGAGAGAAACCGUUUUCCUGCGAGGAAUGCGGCAAAUGCUUCUCGCAGAAGCGGUCGCUGGUCCUACACAAAGAGAUGCACACCGGGGAGAAGCCCCACGUGUGCUCUGUGUGUGGAAUGAGUUUUUCCCAACGUUUGCUCCUCGUCGUUCACAAGACGUCUCAUUCUGGUGAGAAACCUUAUAAGUGUCCCGAGUGCGGGAGUUGUUUUUCCCGGAAGUCACACCUCGUCAGUCACCAAAAACUCCACGCUGAGGAAAAGCCCUUUGCCUGCUCCGAGUGCGGGAAAAGCUUCUCCAGCAAUAUACGUCUUCAAACCCACAAGAGGAUUCAUUCCGCUGACCACUCCUAUACGUGUUCCGAGUGCGACAAAUCCUUUCUCCACAAAUCGGUGCUGAUCAAGCACCAGGUGACUCAUACAGGUGAACGGCCUUUUUCAUGCUCAGAGUGCGGGAAGUGUUUUCCCCGUAAGGGGGAUCUGACUGUUCACCAGAGGAGGCAUCUGGUAGUAAAGCCGUAUUCAUGUUCCUGGUGUGGAAAAUCCUUUCACUUGCACAACGCACUGGUCAACCACCAACGAAUCCACACGGGGGAGCGGCCUUAUACUUGCCCUGAGUGCGGGAAGUGUUUUACUCAACGUGGCGCGCUGACGGCCCACCAGAGGACACACACUGGAGAAAAGCCAUAUACGUGUCCGGAAUGUGGGAAACCCUUUACCACAAAGUCAGGACUGAACAACCACAAGCGAACCCACACUGGCGAACGGCCUUAUGCUUGCUCAGACUGUGGGAAGACCUUUACGUGCCGUUCCUACCUCACUCAACACCAGAAGGCCCACCCCUCAGAGAGUUCACUUCCCAAUUAGCAUACCUGUUAGUUGGCAGAAUUAUUGGCAGCAUCAUUUUUUUUUCUGAUUUGAACCCCUCAAACAUAUAACAAAAAAUCAUUCAAAAACCUUACUGAAGCAAAGAACUAAACCAGGGUUUCUCAACCAGGGUUCCAUAGAACUGUAGGGUUCUGUGACAGUAGGAGGCCCUGCCACUGUAUAAAUGUAGGAGAAAAUGAUAUAGGAUUUGCAUUAAGGGUUAAUGCAAAGUUCCAGACUAUCGUUUCUAAGCGGAGAAAUCUGUGUUUUUGGUUUUCCCCGAAUUCUGUAGUCUCAUAUUGGGGCCUGGAGCUUGACGGUUCCAAAGUGUAAUGGGUGGGACGGAACCUUCAAUCCUGUGUCUGGAAUUUACCAGGUUCCUAAAGCCUGUGUGAGUACACCGGUGUGCAGGGUCAUUAUAUACUCAAGUCUGAGAAUAGUUUAGGGCUCCCAGUUUGGAGACAGCUCCCAUAAUGGAGACAGGAAGUCUCACCCAGGGGUCCGAGAUGCUGCAGCCAGGAGUCAAGAGACAGAAGGCCUAAACCAGGGGCCAGAGGUGCUACAGCCAGGAGACAGGAGGUCCCACCUAGGGAUCGAAGAUACCCCAGCCAGGGGUCAGGGGACAGAAGGUCUCACCCGGGGUUCAGAUGUUUUCCACCCAGGAGACAGGAGGCCUUAACCAGAGGUCAGAGAUGCUCCAGCCAGGAGACAGGAGGCCUUAACCAGGGGUCAAAGCCGCUCCAGACAGGAGACAGAAAGUCUCAUUUAGGGUUCAGAGGAGCCCCAGCCAGGAGACAGGAGGUCUUAAUUAAGGGUCAGAGGUGCCCCAGCCAGGAGACAGAAGGUUUCAACCAGGGGUCAGAGGAGCCCCAGACCUCCUCAGAGGAGCCCCAGACCUC